AUGAAGUCAACGUCAGACUCUUCCUCUCAUUCGUUUCUCGAUAUGAUCAUUCUUCACAAAAAAGUGCUUUCCUGGAUUAGGAACCGUAUAAAUGGUAAAGCUCCAAGCGAAGCAUCGGAAGUGGAAGAUGAAGUCACCGAUGAUCGUGCGGAAGUCGUUCCACAUCAACUACUUCGGAUGUAUUUUUUUCAGGAUAUUGAGAUUUCUUGUGGUUUUUUUGAGCACACCUUAAGUUUAGAGCAUUUAAAUAAUCUGUUCCCGUUGUCACGGAUAUCAAUUGAAAAUCCAAAAAAUAGUCGAGGACUUAACAAGGAUGAGGCAAAUCAUAAAUUGAUGCACGAAGGACGUAAUGUUAUUUGUCCGGUAUCUAGUGCAACAGAAAUUCGGAUGUUUUUGGCUCAGUUCUUGAACACAUUUCGAAUGCUUCUGCUUUUUGCUGCUUUCAUAUGCUUUAUCAUCUAUAUCAUAGAACCGGUUCGAUUACUUGAGUUAUACAUCGGUGCCAUUUUGGUCAUAAUAUCUGUUUUACUUUCAUCUUUUAGUUAUUGGCAAGAAACAAGAGCUUACAAGCAAACAAGAGGUUUUCAAUCUAUAAUUCCAACGUCGUGUAUGGUAAUUCGAGAAGGAGUACUAGUUCGUGUGAAUGCCAGUGAAAUUGUAAUUGGAGAUCUUGUUCAGCUAAGCCCAGGUGCCAGAGUACCGGCAGAACUUCGGCUGAUCUAUACAGAUGAUUUGAAACUUGAGACAUCGUGGAUUACUGGUGAACUGGAAACACUUGAAUUCAAUGAGCAUUGUGUAAGUAAAGAGACUGGAGCUCUAGAAGCACAGAAUAUUGCAUUCAAUGGUUGUUUGUGCCAAGACGGAGAAGCUAUCGGAAUCGUUAUCAGAACUGGAAAUAAUACGAUAAUGGGUAAAUUAGCUGGAAUGUUAAGUCGCGCAAAGGUAAAACCAUCAAGGCUAACUGCUGAAACUUCCAGUUUUGUUAGAUUUGUCACAAUUCUUGCAAUUAUAAUGGGAAUUAUAACAUUUAUUAUUGGACUUGUAAUGAGUCACUUCAAGCACGUUGUCUACACAUUUAUCAAUGGAUUUUUAAUGGUGAUUGUAGCAAACGUUCCUCAAGGUUUACCAAUUACCGUUGGAACAGCGCUAAUGAUUGUAUCGCGACGAUUAUCGAAAAAAAGGCUUUAUAUGAAACAGCUGAACGUUGUAGAUACUCUUGGAACUACAUCUGUGCUAAUCUGUGACAAAACUGGUGUGUUCACUUCAAAUGAUGUAACUGUCACCGGUGUCUGGCACGAUCUCCGGUUUUGCAAAAACACUCCGAAAGUGAAAAGAAUGAAAACGGAUGAACUAUUAGGUUUAAACUUGGAAAAUUCAAACGAUCAUGAGUCAUUGUUACUGGUAUCGAUGAGCUUAUGUAAUAAGGCACAAAUUGAAUCGAUAGGAUCUGUCGAUUAUACCAGAUGGAACUCUUUAAGUGUGCGAUUGUAUUCCAAUGUUUUAGGGUAUUCUAGGAAUAUGAAAAGCAAUGCGAAUAAUGUUUUGGACAAAGAGGUUCAUAUGGACAAUCCGUCUUUGCAAGGAGUUUGUGCAGCAUUUCGACACAAAAACAUCUGCGGGCAACCGCUUGAAGUGGCGCUCCUAAAAUUUGUUGAAGAGAGAGCUUCCGCACAGUUAAUACGAACGAGAUAUGAAAUUGCCUACGAGGUAAUGCAAAGAUAUUACCAUAAGGUUGUGGUGAGGGAAAAGUCUCUAACGGCUAGCGGUCAAAACGAGGAUGAAACGACAAAAUACUUUGUGUUUGUGAAAGGUGUUCCGGAAGAAGUGAUAAAACACUGCAAAAAAGUCGCUUGCUCUGAGGGACUACUAGCCAUCGACGAAAACACCAUCAACAAAUUUGCUGAUGCUUGUGGAAUUUUUGGGAAGAUGGGAUGCAGUCUUCUCGCGUUUGCAGCAGCUGAACUACAGUGCACGGACGAAAUCGAUCUAGCCAUGAAGAUAGACAAUCCAUCAGAAUACGAACUAUGCUUUCUGGCAAUGGCAGCAUUGUAUACUGCGCCACGAAACGACGUUGACGUACCGCUGAAGCGCUUAGAGAAUGCAGGAGUGUGGCGUGGGUAUUAUGGAGAAGAGGCGCAGAUGCUAAUAUUUUUUAACAUCUAUCUUUUUCAAGGAAUCAAAUGCUUCAUGGUGACUGCAGACCAUCCUUCUACAGCUUAUACGAUUGCAGAAAAAGUUGGGAUGCUUAAACCUAGAAAAGGAGAAGUAAUGCUUAGUAAUUUGCCUGAUUUUCUCUUAACUACUAAUGGAGAGGACGCCUACAAAAACCAUCCAGGAAUUGUACAUGGAGAAAUGAUUGAGAAAAUGUCAGAAAGCCAGUGGGAUAAGAUACUUAAGCAACAAAACGUGGUAUUUGCACGGACAACUCCAGCCCAGAAACUUUCUAUUAUUAAGCAUGUUGACUGUUUACACAUUGAUAAAAGAUUUUUAACUGGCCAUUUUUACAUUUAUAACAUUAUUGUUAUUUGUAACUUUAAGCAAUGUCAAAUGCGUAAUGAAGUUGUUGCAAUAACUGGUGAUGGGAUUCUGGAUGCACCUGCAUUGAAAAAAGCUGAUGUUGGUAUUGCUUUAGAGGCAAUAGGUAGUGUUUUCGCUAAGGAAGCUGCACAUAUGGUUUUAAUUAAUGGAGAGCUGACGAAUAUCGUCAAUGCAAUUUCGGAAGGGCGUCUGUUCUACGAAAAUUUAAAGAAGACUGUAGCUUAUACACUAUCACAUCUACUUCCAGAAUUAUAUGCUGUACUUUUGACAUUUAUUCUUGGAUUUCCACUGGGACUUUCUAGUAUACAGGUUUUAACAAUAGAUUUAGUUACUGAAAUGCCUCCAUCAAUUGCGUUAAUAUUUGAGCCGGCAGAACGGGAUAUGAUGGAAAGUAAACCACGUCCGGCAACUUCACGUCUGGUUUCUGGUUCAAUGAUUUUUUAUGCCUAUAUUAUUGCAGGCAAUAUUAUUGCUAUUGGUUGUGUGCUUGCAUAUUUAACGGUUUAUUGGUACCAUGGUAUAGCAAUAACAGAUUUGGCAUUUUCUUGGGAACAUCAUUGGCAUGCAAAUGCACUAAAUUUUACAAGUAAUGGACUAUUAUUUACACCAAAAAUGCAACUGUAUAUCAAGGGUCAAGCAGCAGCAGCUUGGCAUAUAACUUUGGUAGUAUCACAGGUAUUCCACGUUUGGAUGUGUACAACACGACGUGUAUCAUUGUUUCAUCAUAAUUUUUCUAAUUUACCAAUAAUCUUUUCAAUAAUGAUGGAAAUUGUCUUGCUAAACUUUUUCAUCUAUACACCGGGUAUACAAACAUGGAUUGGUGUUUGUCAUCCACCAGUUUUUGUAUGGGCGUUUGGUGUUGCAGUUGCACUUUUAUUGCUCAUCUACAAUGAGGUAUUUUUUUACAGACUUGCUUAUAAAAUUCAGGCUAAGGUUGUUUUUUUUUUGUUCUUAUAUAGUAGGUGA